AUGAAACCCUUAAUUUCAGCUGAGGAUUAUGGAGAUGUAUAUUUUGAUAAUGUUUCUAUACCUCAAUCAGUGAAAGAAACAAAUGAAGGGGUUGCUUCGCAAUUAAAUAGGGUAUAUGAUGAUAGUGACUAUAGUUAUGACAAUAAUUUUGAAGGAAUGAUGAAGUCAAGUGCUAAAGACAGGAGAAUUAUUGGAUGA